GAUCUGAUUGGUUCAGGCUGGACAGUGUUUCAGGAUAAAAGAGAAGAAUCCAUGCUGAACUUUUUUAUCUUCUCACCUUCAUCACCAUGGCUCUCCUCUGGAUCGUCUCCUGCUUUGCCUUCAUCAGUGCUGCCUACGGCUGUGGAAAUCCAGCCAUUCCUCCAGAGGUCACUGGCUAUGCACGCAUUGUUAAUGGUGAGGAGGCCAAGCCUCACUCCUGGCCUUGGCAGGUGUCUCUGCAGCAAUCAGACGGCUUUCACUUCUGUGGUGGAUCACUCAUCAAUGAGAACUGGGUGGUGACUGCUGCUCACUGCAACGUCAAAACUUACCACCGCGUGGUCUCUGGAGAGCAUGACAAAGGCUCUGGGUCGAAUGAAAAGGUCCAAAUUUUGAAGCCUGCCAAGAUCUUUACCCAUCCCAAAUGGAACCGCCUUACCAUCAACAAUGACAUUGCCCUCAUCAAGCUGUCCACUCCAGCCCGCCUGGACACCAACGUGUCACCUGUCUGCCUGGCUGAGUCCAAUGAUGUCUUCGCUCCAGGCAGGAAAUGUGUGACAUCGGGAUGGGGUCUGAUGCGUUACAAUGAUUCCAGCACUCCCAACAAGCUCCAGCAGGCAGCGCUUCCACUGCUGUCCAACGAACAGUGCAAGAGACACUGGGGCUGGAAAAUCUCCGAUGUCAUGAUCUGUGCUGGUGGAGCUGGUGCUACUUCCUGCAUGGGUGACUCUGGUGGCCCCCUGGUGUGUGAGAAAGAUAAUGCUUGGACUCUGGUGGGUAUCGUGUCCUGGGGAAGCAGACAAUGCUCCACAUCCACUCCAGCGGUUUAUGCUCGGGUCACCGAGCUCCGUGGUUGGGUUGACCAGACUCUUGCUGCCAACUAAAUAAACACAGGCCAUAGAAGAGUGGUGUAGCACAAAGACCUGCAUCUCCAGAACAACUAGGGUUUUGACACAAAAGAGAAAUAAUAAUAAAAAUAAAUAAAAC